GCCGCAUUGAUCCAAAUCUUUGGAUAACUACAAGUUUGGCUAAAAUGCUCGUGUGCCUUUGGAUUGCUCAGUAGCAUUUUGCCUGCAUCUUAGUCAGGAACGGAGCACGAGUUGCCCCGGUUGACAGCUCCAGGGAUCUGCUGGAGGACUCGAUAAGGAAAGCACGCUAAGAUAAGGUCGACACCUGAGGCGCGACAUCAAUGAAACGCUGCAUCCUUCAGCAUCGCCUCAGCAAAUGCGCAAUUAGAAUAUGUCAAAGCCGAAAUCAUGUCUCUUACGAAGUUUUGCUUCCUCAGGCUCUUCGAGCAUCCUCCAUAGUAAUCUUAUCUUCUGAAGAUACCAAUAUCACCAGCCUACAUUACGCGCCCGCUCAGGCCCCACCCGUUCAUCACGUUGUUACAUCAUGCUGGAGUAUCGACGUCCCUCCUGCAUCGAAGCACCCACAAUGUCUUCCGCCAUCCAGACGGUCCCAUUCCAGCCACCUAAAAAGUUCCAAAGACCGAAGGCAGAUGCGCCAUGGCACCAGUACCUCACCAUCGACCUGAUAUGGUACGUGCUAGGCUACACCGUCUUCCACCCAUUUGUCUCGUGGAUCGUUGUCCUGUGUCUGCGCGCGCAGUACACCAAGUAUGAGGCGCCUGAGAUGCGCAUCGCGAUUGGCUGGUCCAUUGCGAUGAGCGCCAUUGGCAUCUUUGGAAUUGUCAGCGACAGAAUCGCAUUCGGCGCGCAUAGGGAAGUCGACCUGAGUGAAGAGGUCAUCGUCAUCACUGGUGGUGUUGACGGACUGGGAGGACUGUUGGCGGAGACGUAUGGGAUGAGGAACGCCAACGUCGCCGUCUUGGACCUGAAGACCGUAGACAAGGAUGAAGCAGAGGCGAAGGGUGUGGCCUACUACCAGUGCGAUGUCGGAGAUGCGCAGCAAGUCGAAGCUGCGGCAGCGAAGAUUGUCAAGGACCUCGGUCCUCCAACAAUCCUGAUCAAUAAUGCCGGCAUCGUCCACACCAAAUCGAUCCUCGCCUCCACCGCCGCCGAAGUCGAGCAAACCUUCCGCGUAAAUACGAUGUCCCACUUCACAACCCUCCGUACAUUCCUUCCACACAUGCUCGCCGAAGGCCGUGGCACCAUCGUUACCGUCUCAUCCGUCCUUGGUCACCUGGGCGCCGCGAAUCUCUCUGCAUACUGCGCCUCGAAAGCUGCGCUCCUUGCGCUGCAUCACUCGCUACGCGCCGAGCUUGCACACAUACCUGGCGCAAAAGAGAUCAAGACAAUACUGGUUCAGCCUGGGCAAAUGAGUACGAAGAUGUUUGAGCACGUACACGCGCCAAGCAAGUUCUUUGGGCCACUUGUUACACCCGCAGAGAUGGCACAGAGGAUCAUCAAGUUGGUGGAGAGAGGCGAGAGUGGAGAGGUUGCGUUGCCACUGUACUCGAGGUACAUACAGGUUCUUGGAUGCUUGCCAUUUGGGAUACAGCACAUUGCUAGGAGAUGGAGUGGACUAGACACGGCGGUGGAAGAUGGCAAAUCAAAGGUGAAGAAGGAGGUGGGCGAGAAGAUUUAAGAAGUAACUCGACAGGGAGUCUCAAAAAGGAACAAUGCCAUGUUAACCCUCGAUCGAGUAGAGCAAUUUUGCAACACAACCUUCACCGCGUGCCUCCAUGACCUCGAUUCCACUUCCUCGAGAAGCUAUGGCACAGGGAACGAGAGUUGUCUCGGCUCACCAUCACUACAUUUUGACGGCCCCGAGCUUUGGAAGGAAAUUUACCAUAACAAAUACCGGAAACGGUGGUCCCUGGUGAUCCUGUUUUCGUGCUACUACACGGCCAGGUUCUAGUAGUCGUGCUCGCGUCCAGGUCCAAGAAAACUCAGUCAUUUAACGUUGUUAAGCAUAGUUCUCACCGCGCACAACACCUCAUUUAUUGCCACGUAUCUCGCAGCGAG